GCUAAAUUAGUAUGUCGUACUGUUACGUAAAUAAAAUAAAUAAGAGUAAUAAUUAUCACAAAUCUUAAAUUGUUAAGCAAAUGCAUCGAAUAAAUUUUCUGCUAGUCUCAGUUCGGUAGUAGAAUGGCUUGCGUCGAUUUGAAUAAGGCUGUGCGGGACGCACUGUCGCUACCUAACGACGCGCUAUUUAAUUGUACGUUAAAUAAGUCUAAAAAUGACGAUGGUCUUUUAACAUUAAACGUUAAAAACGAUACCAAACAAAAAGAAUAUUUAGUUGUUCCGGCCAUGGACAGGAUAGAUAAAGGUCAUGGUCAGACCAUCGCCAACGAUUUAAUUAUAGCUCCAUUAUUCGGCUUCCAGCACACCAACAAACAGAAGUACGCAGCGUUUGAUACAGGGAAGUUAGAAAAUUGCAUUGUAAUUGAGAAAAAUAAUCUUGGACAUCUCGAAAUAAUCCUGAAAUCUUUGGCGGAAUUUCAAGCUUCAUAUUUGACUACUAAAAAGGAAGAACAACCGAAUGCCAGUUUUGAUGUGGAAACCCUAUUUAAUAAGGUAACAGCUCGUUUUAAAGAUUACGACAAAGAAGCAAUAGAAAACACUAAAAUCCGCUUUCAAGCAGACAUAAAUAAAUUCUUUGAAAGUAAAUUAUUUGUCAGAAGUGUAGUGUGUCCUUUAGGAAAAAAUAUAUGGGUCAAUCUAAAGAUUAAGAAAAGUAUUAUUUUAUAUAAUUCGAAAGAAAAAUACGUGCCUCCAGUCUAUGAUGCUUUAAUGUCCAUCUUUACAUUUAGCGAUGAAAAUUUUCGCCAAAAACAUUUCACUAAGUUAGUUAAAACAUAUUUUGACUCACUUGUUUACUAUUUAGAACAGAAAAAUACAGAAACUUUUAAUAUUACUAGAGAAUACAAAGAAACUACAGUAAGAGUUUUCCUUCCAAUCAUCAAAUUCCAGAUAAUUAUUGACUCACUAGCAACUGAAGAACUCAUUUCAAAUGCAUUGAAUUUUCUAAAAUAUCCCUUAAUCAAUCAAGAAGAUAUCUACGAGAUCGUACAAAAUAAAUUAAACUCUUCUGAUUAUGACCUUCUAGAUUAUAAGAUGAUAAACUUGAAUUCUAAAAGCGGACAUCUGGGACAGUAUUUUAAUCUUGAUAUUCAAAUCAAUUACCAGGGUAGAGUAACUGAGUUGCACCUUUUUGCUAAGGUCAUAAUUCCGCUCACAGAUUUUAUGAAGGAAAUAGCUAAAAACGGGCCUUCGGAAAAAGAAGACUUCUUCUAUACUACGUUGAUACCGUUGUAUGAAGAACACGGGCUAGAAAAAUUGCUGGACUUUGCUCCGAAAUGUUAUAUAAGCAGACUUAAUUGGAUGUUAGUAUUAGAUAAUUUGGUUAAGGACCGGUUUGUUACCUUCGAACUUAACAAAAACCUGGAUGUUGAUGGUUUAAAGUGCGUCGUGGCUAAGUUGGCUAAACUUGCUGCCGCUAGUUUAGUUGUAGAAGAAAAUUUGUCAAGAAUUAAAGGUCGACCAGUUAGGAUGAAUGAGAUUUUCGGAAAAUUUGAAGAAUCGAUUUUUGUAUACGAAGACGGACAUAUCAUGCAGAAGCUAUGCGAUAAUACCAGGAAUGGUUUAAAUUAUUUUAUAAAAAUAUUGCCAGAAAUAACGGAACACCUUGGAGUAUCCUACGAAGAAAAAUGCGAGAAAUUUGAUAAAUUAUUUAUGUCACUUUUCCCAAAAAUUCUCACCUCUGAUACCUUCAGAAACUCAAUUGUCCAUGGCGACAUGCAUUUGGGGAAUAUGCUAUUUAAAAAGGAACAGGACGGUUCUGUCUCCAACGCUAUAUUAGUUGAUUUCCAGAUCUUACGUUAUCUACCGCCAGCAUUCGAAAUGUUAAUUUUCCUUUACGCGAACUCUUCUAGAGAGACAAAACUGAAGCAUAUCAAUCAGCUGAUUGAAGGAUACUAUGACGACGUCGCCAGGUAUUUAAAUGAUUUUGGGCAUGACCCAGAAAAAGUAUAUCCAAGAGAACAUUUUUAUGACAGCAUAAAACAUGUACGUCCCGCCUGUCUAUCGCUUGCUUUUAUCUAUACUUACAUGUUGAAAGCCGACACAGAGAUAAGAGAAGAAAUGCUUCUAAACCAGGAGAAAUUUAAUCACUAUAUCGAAAACAACUACAAGGAUUAUGUUGAUCUGGUAUGGUCAAAUGAGUAUUACAGGGAAUGUGUAAUAAAUAGCCUUAAAGAUAUGACAGAUUAUAUUGUAGAAAACAAUCUGGAGCCGUAGAAACUUGCUGCUUUGUUUCUAUUUUUCUUAAUAUGUCCUUUAUUUACCAAACUGUGAUUUUAUGUUUAAGAUGUAAAUAAUAGUUUGUAAAUUUUUGUUCCUGAUACUUUAAUAAUAUAUAGUGAUAUUUGAAUA